CUUACCCUUCGUUCUUUUUAAUUAAGAGUUCUCUCUCUUUUUCCCAUAGUAAAUCGUAACCAGAUCAGCGAUGGUGACGCCCAACCCCCAGCAGAUCCAACAAUUCCUCUCCUCCGUCCUCUCCCAACGAGGCCCUUCAGCUCUCCCCUACGCAGAAAGCAGCAAGUAUCAAAUCCGCAAGCACCUUCUCGACCUAAUCGCAGUCUACCCUUCUCUCGAACCCAAAACUUCCACCUUUACCCACAACGAUGGCCGCACUGUCAACCUUCUUCAAGCCGAUGGCACCAUUCCCAUGCCCUUCCAGGGAGUCACCUACAAUAUACCCAUAAUCAUUUGGCUCCUCGAUACCUACCCUAUUCACCCUCCUUGCGUUUAUCUCAAUCCAACUCGCGAUAUGAUCAUCAAACGCCCACAUCCUUAUGUUUCUCCCUCUGGUCUCGUCUCCAUUCCUUAUCUCCAGAAUUGGGUCCCGCCUUCAUCCAACCUCCUCGAUCUCGCCCGUAAUCUCUCCGCCGCUUUCUCACGCAAUCCACCUCUCUAUUCCCAGCGCCGACCACAGACUCCUCCCGCUUUCACCCCUUCCUCUUCUGGGUAUGGAUCUGUUGAGCAAUCCCCUUCUCCCGCGCGUCCUCCUCAUGCUCUUGUUCAGCAGCCUCCCAGGGUUUUUCCGCCGUCGCCGUACGGCGCCGGGAGGAUUCAGCAGCAGCAGCAGCAGCAUCAUCAUCAUGCGACGGAUGACGCGGCGGAGGUGUACAGGAGGAACGCAAUGAAUAAAAUUGUGAAUAUGGCGCAUGGGGACCUGGUGGCAAUGAGGAAGGCGAGGGAGGCUGAAACAGAGGGGUUAUUGAGCGCGCAGGCUGCCUUGAAGACAAGAGAGGAAGAAAUCAACAAAGGGUUGAAGGAGAUGCAGGAUGAGAAGGAAGGAUUAGAGCAGCAGCUGCAGCUGGUGUUGAUGAACACCGAUGUGUUGGAGGCUUGGGUAAAGGAAAACGAGGGCAAAACCAAGAAUUUUGGCGAUAUGAGUGUGGAAGAUAACGCUUUUGAGUGCAUGGACACUUUGUCAAAGCAGAUGUUGGACUGUACAGCCGCUGAUUUAGCUAUAGAGGAUGUGGUGUAUUCAUUGGACAAGGCUGUUCAGGAAGGGGCGGUGCCCUUUGAUCAGUACUUGAGGAAUGUGAGGUUGUUGUCCAGAGAACAGUUCUUCCAUCGGGCUACAGCUGCUAAAGUUAGGGCCGCCCAGAUGCAGGCGCAGGUUGCUGUCAUGGCUUCUAGGUCACACCAUUAUGGUUCAUAAAGGUUCAUGCUUUUGGGCGUGUGAUAUAUAGGGUAAGCAUGUUUGUGUGUUAGCUAUUCAGAGAUGUGCUUUGUUUGAUAGUUCGAGUGCCAGAGUAGCUCUUCAUCGUUUUGGUGCUUGGCUGGUUGCCUGGGGUUUACAGGCAAAUCCAGCUUUUUACAAUGUUUCCCAGAAAGUAGGAUGUCUAUAUAAUUUAUCAGCUCACAUGCUCCUUGUUCCUAAUUUGCCACCAUAUUGUACUAUAAUUCUUGGUAUAGUUCAAAAUAUUAAUUUCA